CCGGAUGUAGAUUGGGGUAUUGACUGCCUUUAAAUUACACUGACGUGACACCUAGCAUGAUGGCUAUGGUUAAAAAAACACGUCAAUUAACACAUUCGUUUUAAUUUUCGAAUGCAUGUUGAGUCUUUAACUGAAAUUGUUGCGGUGGCGUUAUUUUUAUAUUUGACUUUCUCUAGCCACUCCAAGACCUGAGUUUGUUCCUGUGUUACCAAUUCGGACCAAUUCGUGACGGUGUGAACCUGGGAUGCCCGAGGGGAUGGAUCCCUUGGGUGCUCGCUCUCAAUUUGUGGACAUCCAGACCCUCCCCACGUGGCAGCAGCUGGAGGUGGAUGGCGAGCACAUUCCGCAGGAUCUGAGUGACAGCUUGCUCAACCAACAGUCCUUCCCUUCGCCCUUCCCCUUCAGGCCAGACAUAAACUGCAAAAUCAUCCUCUUCACUGGUGAUGUAGCGCUGCUGAACUGCACCGCCAUCACAAACACCAGCAAUGAACUGCUCAACGACAAGAACCCUGUAUCAGAGCGCAUCCAUCAGCUGGCAGGGCCCGAGUUGAAAGAUGAGCUGCUCAAACUUAAAGGAUGUCGCACAGGAGAGGCGAAGCAUACGAAAGGCUUCAACCUGGCAGCGAGGUUCAUCAUCCACACAGUGGGACCAAAGUACAAAGCAAAGUACAGAACAGCAGCAGAGAGCUCGCUGUACAGCUGCUACAGGAACAUCCUACAACUGGCCACGGAACUGUCGAUGUCAUCCGUUGGCCUCAGUGUACUGAGCACCGCCAAACGAGGGUACCCGUUGGAGGACGCCACACACAUCGCCUUCAGAACAGUCCGCAGGUUCUUGGAGAAGCAUGGAAGCAGCAUAGAGGCAGUGGUGUUCGCUGUGACAGACACAGAGGAGGCGGUGUACAGGAAAUUGCUGCCUCUCUACUACCCUCGCUCCGAGGAGGAGGAGAGGUUGUGCCUGCCCCUCGUGCCAGCUGAUAUUGGUAACUCAGAAGGCGAGCCUGUCGUCCCUGAGAGGCAAAUCCGUAUCACUGAGAAACCAGGAAGCUUGGAAGAUGAUUCAGAAGAGGACAAUCUGGAGUCAGAUCUGGGCCAGGUGGGCAAUCAUGCCUUUGCCCGGAUGGAGGGUGACGUCGACAAGCAACGCAAGCUAAUCUUGCAGGGUCACAUGUCGGAGGCAGCCAUGCAAAAACAGCACCAGAGGAACUACAACCGCUGGUUGUGUCGAGCCAGAGCAGAGGACCUCUCUGAUAUCGCCGCCCUAAAAGCAUUAUAUCAGACAGGUGUGGACAUGUGUGGUCGGACAGUGAUGGUUGUUGUGGGAAGAAACAUUCCGGUAACCCUCAUCGACCUUGAGAAGGCCCUGCUUUAUUUCAUCCAUGUGAUGGACCACAUUGCUGUCAAGGAAUAUGUCAUGGUUUACUUUCACACCUUGACGGGAGAACACAACCACUUGGACACAGAAUUCCUCAAAAACCUCCAUGACAUUGUCGACAUCAAGUUUAAGAAGAAUUUAAAGGCCUUCUACUUUGUACAUCCAACAUUUCGCUCAAAGGUGUCUACUUGGUUCUUCACCACCUUCAGCAUUUCCAGCAUGAAGGACAAGGUGCGGUACCUUGACAACCUGCAGCAGCUCUUUACCUGCAUCAGGCCGGAGCAGAUUGACAUCCCGCCUUUUGUGAUGGAGUACGAUGCACGGGUGAACAGACGUUCCCAGUCUUCCGGCCUGUGACGGCUGACCAAGUACAGUCUAAAUCAGUUUUGGAAGCCAUUUUACAAAUAUUUUGCGCUCGACUGCCACCUCAAUCCACCUGUGGGACUGAUCUACAUUGUGCAGAGACAUACACAUGAAUUCUAUCGUCCAUCUGUUGGUGGUGCUUGUAUGGCGUCCGCAUCCUGGAAACACACCAGAGGGCCAAUAUCUCAUCUGACUCGGAAGUUGCCAGCUUGAUGGCUGGGUGGGUGGUCAUCAUGCAGGAAGAAGACGUCAGCGAUCUGGUGCUACGUGACAUUGAGAAUGUGUCAUAUCAGGUUUUCAGUCGGAAUGCCCACAAGCCUAUCAGUCUGCGAACUCUAAACAGCCGAUGUCAGGGAAUGAGAAUCAAAAGUUUGACUGACUUCUGUUGCGAUCAAUGCAGUUCUCACUCAAAGAUUCAUUUUGUAGCAUGUUAAUGAUCGUUUCCAUUCCAAUCAUGGAAAAAAAUCACAAAUUGUCACCAAGCUUUCAGUCUAAUCUGACUUUUUUUUAAUAUAUAUAUCAUAUGACCUCAAAUGCAAGCUUUUCUUCAACAUCUGUAAGGUUAGUCCAGCGAAUAAGACAAAUGUUCCAUGUUUUUAAGACCCUUCCAGCUUGGAUAGCCAGAUGAGAAAUGUAAAGUCAGCUAACUUGUAGCGAAUUGUUCAAAAACGUAAGUCACCGUUGAAAACGCUUCUACUACUUCCAGCUUCAGCGUUAUUUUGCCAGAGCAGAGUCAGGCCAAGCGGCGCCUUUUGUGUCGAGGCAUCAAACUCCGAUGACAGAUUUAUGGCAAAUAUGUUCUUUGUUUGGGAUUCACAAGUCGAAAUUCUUGUCAUCGCUUUAUCGUUAGUACUCUAGUGGUUUCCAAGCUGCCUGAUUGUCCUCUGAACCGCUUUGGUUUUGCUCCUCCUAUUCCACCAAUUUGGCGACGCUUUGCUUUAAGACUUUACACUUGAAAGGAAAUUGUCUUUAGUUUCCAUUGACAGUGACACUUUGAUUUGCUCACUUUUUUGGGUGUUUUGCACACACACACACACACACACACACACACACACACACACACACACACAGAGGCACUUUUCUUUUUCUUCCAGUCGGCAAUGGAGAGGGUGUGUUUGUUUAAUAGCAAAUCAAAAACACCAAAGUACUUUAAUACAUUCCGCUGUUUUAUGGUCUGUGUGACAACAAAGUCGCCAACACAACUCUUUAGAAAUGGAUAGCGGUCACAUGACCUCACACUGCUUUCAGCUCGACACUUGAGACUGAAUUCAAAGGUUGUGUUUUUUCACUGGAGGUUUACCAAAGCAAACCUGACGAGAUUUUUAAGUUUUCCUCAACAAUGUGAAAGAGUGAAUAAAAUCUGUUGGAGGUCUUGGUCAUUUUUUCCCUCUACCCCCCACAUACAAUAGUUUAGAACUGAUUAUGAGCCAAAUCGCCUUCUUGCAAAUGUAUCUUUUAAAAUAUUUCCUUUCAUUUUACUUCAACUGUUAAUUGUCAACUUUUUUUAUACUCUGAUUAAAAUGAUCUGCUCGAA